GUUACAUAAUCACGCCGAAAUGGCGGCUAAACAACAGAGAGUGCAUCAUACAAUUCAUUGGUUUCGUAAAGGACUACGGCUUCACGAUAACCUUUCCCUUAAGGAAGCUUGUGAAACAAGUUUAACGCUCAGACCAGUGUACUUUAUUGAUCCAGAUUAUGUGAAGCAUGGAAACAUGGGAUUCAAUCGAUGGAGAUUUCUGAUUCAGUCUCUCGAUGACUUGGACAACAAUUUGAAGAGUUUAGGGUCGAGGUUAGACAAAUUUAGAGAUAUUCCGUACCUUCAUACCUUUUAGAACAAAGAAAAAAUAAUUAAAUAUCUUUUUUUCGUGCAAAAAAAAAAAAAAAUGGCCAAACCAAGUGGUAUCAGCCCAGAUAAAUAGAUUCCAUGUUGCUGUGCAUCUUGUAGCUGAUCAGAGAUGACACCAAAAUUUUAUAAUAAUAAAAAUGAGGUAUAUGAGACACAGCCGAGUGUUUUUUUUACCAAAUUUUGACGUCUCCAGUGACCUGUUGCAGAACAGACCCACGGCAGCAUGGAAUCUACUUGUUCUGCACAAUAAAGAAACAACUUUUUGUUACUGGUUACAUCAUCUAAAAGUAUGUUUCUGUCCUCCUACACAUUAUAAGGAAGAAUCAGUUAGAAUAUUUGUAUUAUUCAGCUUUCUAUAUCAUAUUGAAUAAAUCAAUGAGUGAUAUCAGUAAUUACUGACUGUAUUUUGUUUAUGAUAGUUUUAGCUGAUUUUUGAGACCAGCUCAAUGAUCUUCCUAUUUUUUUUUCCAUUAUUCCUUUUUUUAUCAUAGGUUAUUUGUUAUUCAGGGGAAGCCUGAAUUGGAAUUACCUAAACUUUUCAAAGCAUGGAAGAUCACAAAAUUGACAUUUGAAUUUGAUCAUGAGCCUGAAGGAAGGCAAAGAGAUGCAAAGGUUCAUGAACUUGCUACCAAAGCUGGAAUUGAAGUUGAAACAAGAGUCUGCCACUCACUUUAUGACUUGGAUAAGUAAGUGACAAUCUUAAAAAUUUUAAAAAGUUACAUUUUGCUUGACUACCCUUUACACCAAAAAUAUACGGAUGAACACUUUGCCUUGCUGAAAAUACUCUGAAAAGGGCCAAAAAAAAUUAAACUUGGACAAAGGAAAUUAGAUACUUCAAACUAGACCUCUCAUUAAAAGUCACAAACAAGAGACAAACUCAGUACUUUGGUCAUCAAUUAGACUAAACAAAGCUGUCUCGCUAAAGUAAGUUCCAAAAGUGAGUGUGCAGUGACUGUAGGGUGAAGUUUGCAUUGUGUUCUACUCAUGGUACUCUGUACAGAUAAAGCACUUUGUCUAGUGACAGAUAGAAUCUACUGUCCACAAGUUUUAUUGCAGAAACUCUCCCCUUUCUCAAGAAUUUUGUUGGAAUUUGAAAAUCAGGACUCAAGAAUAUGAAAGCUAUGAAUAAACUUCUGUGAGAUGGGUGUCUGGAAUUCUUUUGCCAGUCAUAAAUCUACAUGUUGUAAUAGGCAAUUACUGAUUUAAUCUUCUUUCAGGAUUAUUGCCAAGAAUGGUGGAACAGCCCCCCUAACCUACAAGAAGCUUUGUUCAGUGGUGGCAUCACUGGGGUCACCUUUGAAGCCUAUUCCCACAGUAGACAAAAGUACUUUUGAUGGCUGCUCUACUCCAGUGGGUAAAGGAAAUGAGUACCAGCUGCCAACACUUGAGGAGCUGGAAAUUGAAACACCUGAAGAGUCAAGUACAGUCCUUUUCCCUGGUGGGGAGUCAGAAGCUCUUAGACGACUUGAUGAACAUAUGCAGAAAGAGGUCUGAAAGUUUUUCUCAAUUAUAAUUAAAUGCUCAUACAGAGUUUCAUGUUUAUCUUAUAUUUAAUGAGAUCGAAAGUUUCUUAGAGGAUUAAACUUGAAUUGGUUGUAGUUUGUUGGUAUCUUCAACCUGUCAGGUAAUGAACCUUACUUAUAGGGAAAGGACACACCCUUCAAAAACCAACAUCAAGUGUCACAAGCUAGGCCCUCUGCUGGAAUCCCCAGAGUAAGGGGAAGAGAGGGCAACCAAGGAACACCUGAUGUUCCUCGAUCAGGAUGGUCUUAGUCUAUAAAGAAUAAACCUAGAGGGCAAACUGAGAGAAAAGAUCUUAAUCUAAUUUGCUUCCCUUGAACAAAUACAGUUCUGCUUAACAUCAUUCCUCUGAAAUGAAACCUUUUCUCUGGGAAUUCAUCAGUUGCAGCAACAAGUAAUGGUUUAUUUUGGAUAGGUCUUUGCAUGUUCAACGAGACUAUCAUCUUGUAGAUAUCAUUUAUUUAUUCUGCUUCCCUUAAAGUUGAUCACGUUUUCCUGCAGGACUGGGUGAACAAGUUUGAGAAGCCUAACACAUCACCCAAUUCUCUCCAACCCAGCACUACUGUUCUUAGUCCAUAUGUGAUGUUUGGCUGUCUCUCAGCAAGGCUGUUUUAUCACAGACUGUCUGAUGUGUAUUCGAGAGUAAGUCAUCAUAUCAGGUUCCGCCUUUAGCUGUCAGUUGAAAUGUGUAUGAUCAUUCUAGAGAUGACAUCAGUUAUUGGUAAAUUAUUGAAGAUUGUAAUGUAUAGGAGACAACUGAUAAAGGGGAAGCUAUAGAAUUCAGUGUUUGUCUGUAAAAAAAUUGAACCUAGAAAGUGAAUUUAAAUUUAAGCUUACCUUCUCUGAAGUUUAAGGCAAUGGAACUUUCAGAUCUUUCUUUUAAUGUUAUCUAUCAUAUGAAACAAUGAAACAAUUGAAAGAAAUUGAAAGUGGUGAGAUUCCUUUUAAUUGACCAGGUGCAGAACUAUUGACAAAACUACUUUUUCUAUUCAGGCGAAGAAACACUCUAACCCACCAGUUUCCCUACAUGGACAGCUCCUGUGGCGGGAAUUCUUCUAUACAGCAGCAUAUGCUACACCUAACUUUAACAAAAUGGAGGGCAAUCCAGUCUGUUUGCAAAUUCCAUGGAACAAUAACCAAGAGUUUAUCCAAGCUUGGUCUGAAGUAUGUAUUGUUCAUAGUGCCAGAUUAAUUCACUCCCUUUAGGCUCUGGAAUAGAUUUAGACACAACACAGGUAACAAAUAAGCUACUAAAAGUUGUGCAUACUGGUAUAUGUACCUAGAAGAAUUAUUGAUACUGAAGAAAAAUAUCCUUAGGUUCAGUUUAAAUUGUGCUCUCCAUAAUUUUUGCAUGAUUUUGCUGAUGAUCACCAACCAAAGAAGCUCUUGAUUAUUGAACAAAUUCUCCUUGUCAGAAUCCUAGGAAGUGUUUAAAGAGUAGUAUGGAGAAUAUGCAUUCUGAUGUUAGGGAGUUAAAGGGUUAAACCCAUUAGGAAUUAGCAAUUGAAAGCUGUAGCAGACAGUUUUAGAGUGAAAAUUUGCAGAAAAUUAUAGUAGGUCCUUUGUAAUUUGUUUCAUCACAGGCACGCACUGGAUAUCCUUUUAUUGAUGCCAUCAUGACUCAACUAAGGAGAGAGGGUUGGAUUCAUCACUUGGCACGUCAUGCUGUAGCUUGUUUCUUAACAAGAGGAGACUUGUGGAUUAGUUGGGAAGAAGGACUGAAGGUGCAGUAGAAAUCAGUGCUUCUAUAUAAGAGAAUCUCCAUAGUGUGGAAUAAAUUAAGAGAGGAAACAGAGACUCAGAAAAUUUUCUUCCUUCCACAAGUUACUGUUGAUGAGUCCUAACUUGAAAGGCAUGAAUUAUUGAGGUAGCUGCUAAUUGUGGUCAAUAGCAUUCAUGACAGUUACAAGCUGCUAUAACUUUUCAGUUGCAUUAUUUUACUGUGGCAGGUGUUUGAGAAGUUACUUCUUGAUCAUGACUGGAGUUUAAAUGCUGGCAACUGGAUGUGGCUGUCUGCAAGUGCAUUUUUUCAUGCUUACUUCAGGGUUUACAGCCCCAUUGCAUUUGGUAAGAAAACAGACCCUAGUGGAGAUUAUAUCAAGUGAGUGUUUUCUUUACACUUUUUUUCAAACAUUAAGUCAUUAUCUUAACGUUUAACACUUUCCUCAGAGAACAGAGUGUAUUCAAAAGGAAAUUCACUGGAAUUGUUUUUGCAAUUUAUAAAUACUAUUUACAAGAAACUAUUUAAACUUGACAUAUUCGGGGUAAACAGCAAAAUCAGUAUUCCUUUGAUUUUUACAUGAAGCUACUUCAUCUAGGACAGAAACUUAGUAAUUCAAUCUCAAAUGAGAAUUCCUCUUUUUGUUAAAAAGGAAAUACAUUCCAAUUUUGAAGAAAUAUCCACCCAAGUACAUCUAUGAGCCCUGGACUGCCCCAGUGAGCAUACAGAAAACAGCAGGAUGUGUGAUCGGGAAAGAUUAUCCAUGUCCAAUUGUGGAUCACAAAGAAGUUGUAAAGAUCAAUAUCGCACAGAUGAAAAAAGCCAGAACAGAACGUGAUGGUGAUACUGGUAUGGAGGAAGGUAACACGUGUCUGAUAGAAUUUAGGGCUACACAAUGAUUAUUUUUGUUGGUCACAUAAUCUUAGUUUCAGAACAUUUUGUGGGAAAUUUGUUGUUCCCUUUCCUUAGUAUCUUCACAAACAUUGCAAAUAUCAGAAUUGAUAUGCCACAGGGAAGAAAAAAAAGGGGAAAUCAAGGGUACAUCUGCCAUUAUGGUUACUGUAAUAGGAUUCUGCUCCUUCCUUUAGAGCACUUCUCAACAGUGUCUGGAAACCGUAACCUGUAAGACUAAAAAGAAAAUGCAUGUGGUCAAUGCAAAGGGCAGGAGGGUGUAUGUUCCCUAGCAUCCACUGAUUUGUAAAGAAGAGGCUAAAAUAUUUUAGCUAGUUUCGGAGCAUUGUAGAUAGAUGCCAAGCAGUACCUAGGAUAAGUUUCUUUGAGAUAUUCAAUGGAAAACUGCUCUCACUGGAAGUGAUUAUGGUGUCUUCUUAAGAACUCUUACUUUGUACACAGCACCAUAUGUAUUCAAUUUCCUAUUCAUUCUUGUUAUGAUGAUCCUUCUCUCAAUACAUUAAUUUUUCUGGUGGAUGGGCUUUAUUGACUUGAAUCUUGUUUGUCGUUACAUUAUACAUGUAGGCUCUUCAGAGGAAAAGAAAAGCUCACCAGGGAAAAAAAGGAAGACUAACAAAGAAGCCCCACCAAGCAAGAGGUCAAGAAAAAUUACAGAGUUUUUGAAAACCUGAUGAGGCUUUUGUGAUACCCACAGGCACAAGUCAGGAAUUUAUAAGGUGGCACCACGAAUUGCUCUUUUCUCCACUGACUCUCUUAGGUAAUGCCACAGUUAUCUAUGUUUAGAGCUUUGUCUCCUUCUUAUGUAAGGUUUUAAUGCAGCUAGGUCUGUCUAACAGAUGUUGCUUUUUAGACUCAAUGUCUCAUGUAAAGUUUCUUUUAGUUGUCAAUGACAACUUUUAAACUACUCUUCGUAUUGUUAGAAAUUGUACUUUACCUUUUGAAUAGUUUUAUGUUCUGUAACAUUACAAGUUGAAUAAAGUUUUACCCAACC